UAUUUAUAUUUACUACUAAAUCAUGCCCAAACUCAGUGAUAAUUAUUAUGAAAGAAAAUGCUACUUAGCAAGAAACGAUGUACCAACGCAAAGCAUAAUGAAAAAGAAAAUGUCUCCAGCCUUAGCCAAUGUCUAUUUCAAAUCAAUGACUCCAAAGCUAAAGGAAUUAGCUGGCUUAGCGCCACCAUUGAAAGGCGGUGGAAGCGAUUGGUAUGUACCACCUGAUGAAAUCCUCAAGGAAAGAGCUGUUAUGAAGCCUAUCAAAAAAGAAUAUCUCGCCCAAUUACGCUUUACUGGGAUUGAUCAUUACGGAGAGAAACUAGUCCAACAGCAUCGUAGGGCAAUGGAGGAGGAAAAGCGCAGAUUAUUAGAAAUGAAUGAUGUAAAAUGGAAAAGUAAUAUAGAUAUUGCUUGUGGACAAAAGUGGUAUGCAACCGCAAAACAAGCCGCUCUUAAUAAUACCAGUAAAAUACGACAAGCUUUUCAGGAAUUUCAAGCAUUGUAUUCCACGUCCAUGAAUCAAAUAGAAACGCUAUUGUUGGAUGGUGCGAUCAAAAAAAUUGAAAGAGCGAACGAAGCAACGUACGACAAAAUGAAAUCAAAAUUUGAAAAGUUAGUAAAACGGCAGGCUACCACUAAAUAUGAUCAGUAUACAAAUAUAUUAAAUAAGGAGAAGACAAGACUAAAAAAGCAGUUUAUCAGGGAUAUAGAAAAAACACAGAGUGAUACCGUUAAGGAAUUACACGACAUUAAUGUUGAAAAGCAUACUGCUGCAGAGAAGAUGCGCCUCUUUCUCGAAUGUCAAAAUUUGGCUUGUCAAGCUUACGUCGCCAUAAAAGAAAGACAAGAAUGCAAAAAAGAACUCGAUAAAUCAGAAUAUGAACAUAAAAAGAUAAUUACAAAGCUUGAAGACAAGAUUGCUUUGCAAGACUUUGAAAUCAAGCUUUGUAGAGAAAAAGAGAAAAAACGCCAUGAAUUUAAAAUGGUUUGGCGCAAAAAGGUAUGCCACGUCGUUAAAUAUCUUCAGGAAUUUAUUGAAUACUCUCUAAAUACAUUGCCGGAGCACGCUGAAUUCUUUAUAAAUAUUGAAAAAUUGAUGUUGUUGCAACUAGGUGAAGCUAUGGAUUUUCCAAGUGUGGAAAGCAUAUUCGUGCCAGAGGAGAUGUUGGAUCAAGAUCCAGUAGCACGACCACACCCAUUUUACGUUUUUUGUGAUAAAGGUUUUAAACCUAAGCUAGAUCAAGACCUCUGUCCGAAGCAUUGCACAUCAAGUGCUUCGCAGUUACCUGUUGUUGUAGUGAACCAAAAAUUUAUUUACACUGCAUGUGAUAACCUUGAACUAUUCAUAGAUAAAAUAAAGAAAUUUAUAGAAGGUAAACGCGGGAAGGAAGAUGAUUUUGUAGAUCACCAUGACUAUACUCAUGACAUACAAGUUGAAUAUUCACAAUCACAACAACUAGAUGAGUUGAAAUUAGAAAGUUCAAUCAUGCAAAUUCUACAGAAUGAAUUUCCGAAUUCCAGGGAGUUCCCGUUAGAAUGUUGUUUUUGCAAAAUUCCUUAUUGUUUAUGCAGCCCUUUGCAUGCCUCUGAAAUUUUGUCCGUACGGAAAUUUCCCAGUGAAGACUUGCCACAACAGAUUGUAAGAAUAUCUUCAGGUGAAAAAAUAACAAAGAAAGAGGAGCUAGGACACGACCGUGAACCGAAAUUGGACGGCUAUCUUAAAUAUGUGGAACCACAAAGCUGCAAAUGUGGGAAAAGAGCAAAGAAACAUCUAGAAGAGCAUCUUCCAGCCUAUAUGAGAAAAAUGUCACCAUACGAACCCGUUAGUUUCCCAAAUUACGAAACAUGUUCUGUUGAAACCUUAAAGGAACUCGUCAAAACUGCACGAGGAUAUAAGCCUUCAGUACCUAUACAAGUAACAGAGUCUAAAACAAAAGAUGUGAGCACGCAAUAUUCAGAUAGUGCAUUUGAUAAUCUUUGCACCUGUUUUUCCGAUGAAGAAGUCGAAAAAUUGUUUAAAACACUAAAUAAAGGAGUUUAUUUAAAUGCAAAAACAACAAAUACACUUAAUAUAGUUGAUGGCUCUCUAUCUCCCACAUAUUUACAAAUACGACCCAGUUCCUUUGCAGUACGAGAAGCCUACUCUUUAAAACAUUUACUCGAUAAAUCGCCUGAAUUGCAGGAUUUGUUCAUGGAAACUGACUGUCCAAUUUAGUAUUAUUUUUGUUUGUUGAAAAUUUGAUAUAUUAUUUAGAUAAUAUACAGCAUUAGAUCGAUAGAACAUUUUACUUUUGUUAUGUUCCUUUUUAUAUGUUUCAUUAGCAAUAUAUGAUUUUUUUAUAUAAUAAAUUUAUUCCAUUUCCAUUCUAAAUAA